CCCCCCCCCCUCCUCCUUCAUCAAAACCGCGUUUCUCCUCUCAAAAAGCCAAUAAUUCAAACCAUAUAAAGAAUCCCUAUAUACACCUACAAACCCAACCACUCCCAUCUUCCCAGUUCAAUUCUGCAAAGCAAAAUGCCUAAACCGCUUAUAAUUGUCUUUCCAUUGUUACUACUACUCCUCUGUUCAACCGUCAAUGGCACACAGCAGCAACAGCGGUUCAAAGAAGCUCCUCAGUUUUACAAUUCACCCGACUGUUCUUCCAUUCUAAACGACGCCGAAUCUGAAUCCAACGAUGAUGAUGAUGCGGCAAUAUUCUGCUCCGAUAAGGCCGUCCACGUUGCCAUGACUCUGGACACCGCAUACAUUCGGGGCUCCAUGGCGGCGAUUCUUUCCAUUUUGCAGCACUCCUCUUGUCCUCAGAACAUCGCUUUCCAUUUCGUGUCGUCUGCCUCUGCAAACGCGUCGCAGCUACGCGCCAUUAUUUUCACCUCCUUUCCUUACCUCAAGUUCCGAGUCUAUACCUUCGAUGACUCGGCCGUGGCAAGACUCAUCUCCACCUCGAUCCGCUCUGCUUUGGACUGCCCUCUCAAUUACGCUCGCAGCUACUUAGCCAACAUACUCCCUCUCUGCGUCCGACGAGUCGUGUACCUUGACUCGGACUUGGUCCUCGUCGAUGACAUUGCAAAACUCGCCGCCACACCACUCGGUCAUGAUUCGGUCUUGGCGGCGCCAGAGUACUGCAAUGCGAACUUCACAUCUUACUUCACUCCAUCAUUCUGGUCCAAUCCGUCACUACCACUCACUUUCGCCAACCGGAAAGCUUGUUAUUUCAACACCGGAGUUAUGGUCAUCGAUCUCGAUAGAUGGAGAGACGGUCAAUUCACGACGAGGAUCGAAGAAUGGAUGGAAUUACAGAAGCGAAUGAGGAUUUACGAAUUAGGUUCGUUGCCGCCAUUUUUGCUUGUGUUCGCAGGGAAGAUAGUCCCCGUCGAUCACAGAUGGAACCAGCACGGUCUCGGUGGGGACAAUUUUAGGGGUUUGUGCAGGGAUCUGCAUCCAGGUCCGGUGAGUCUGUUACAUUGGAGUGGGAAAGGGAAGCCGUGGGCUCGGCUCGACGCAAGCCGGCCUUGUCCACUUGACGCGCUUUGGGCUCCCUAUGAUCUGUUACAGACGCCGUUUAGUUUAGAUUCUUGAAUUGACUGACUGAGUCGGCGCCUCUGUGUGUGAAUGAAUUUUGAAUUUUGAUCCUCUGGCGCAUGUUAGUCGGGGACAGAGAUAUGAAGCAUCCAAGUUGCAGAAAUUAAUGGUGGAAGCAAGACCAAGGAAGGAGGUUUGUUUUGGUGCAUUUUCUCUUGUAGAUUAUAUUCAUUAUCAUACAGGGACAUGGUGUUCAUAUAUACAUCUAUAUGGAUUAAUUCAAGCAUAUGAUAUUAUUACACUAUGAAGAUCUGCAAGUGUAAUAAGAAUAAAAUUGGGGAUUCUUCGAGUUCCAUCCUCGGAUUCAUGGUAAUUGUAUCAAAGUUUGUAUAAAGAGAUAUUUUGGGUGGAUUAAUUCAUUAGAAUCCUCCGGAAAAAAAAA